CCCCGAACACACCUGAAGAAGAGAACGCUACGUAAUAGUUAGCUGGUUAGCGACUGCGUAAAGAUGCAAUUGGCUUUAAGUAAAACGUUUGGCCAGAAGCCUGUUAAAUUUCAGUUAGAACAAGAUGGAGACUUUUAUAUGGUUGGGUCGGAGGUUGGAAACUAUCUGCGUAUGUUCAGAGGCUCUCUGUAUAAAAGAUACCCAUCAUUAUGGAGGAGACUGGCCUCAGUGGAGGAGAGGAAGAAAAUUGUAGCAUCUUCACAUGCCACUAGCGUUACUCUGCUGAAGGCGUCAGAAUGUGAGGAGAUCUUCGAGGGUAAUGAUGAGAAAUACAAGGCCGUGUCCAUCAGCACGGAGCCUCCAGCUUACCUCAGGGAGCAGAAAGCGAAGAGGAGCAGUCAGUGGGUCCCCACACUGCCCAACAGCUCCCACCAUCUAGAUGCUGUGCCUUGCUCCACCACCAUCAACCGUAAUAGAAUGGGCCGUGAUAAGAAGAGGACCUUCCCCCUGUGUUUUGAUGACCACGACCCUGCAGUGAUCCAUGAGAACGCGGCCCAGGUAGAGGCUCUGGUUCCCAUUCGCCUAGACAUGGAGAUAGAUGGACAGAAGCUGCGUGAUGCCUUCACAUGGAACAUGAACGAGAAACUGAUGACCCCAGAGAUGUUUGCAGAGAUUCUGUGUGAUGACCUGGACCUGAAUCCUCUGGCCUUCGUCCCCGCCAUUGCCUCCGCCAUUCGUCAGCAGAUCGAGUCCUACCCCACUGACAGCAUCCUGGAGGAGCAGGCAGACCAGAGAGUCAUCAUCAAGCUGAACAUCCACGUGGGGAACAUCUCUCUGGUGGACCAGUUUGAGUGGGACAUGUCGGAGAGGGAAAACUCCCCGGAGUCGUUCGCCUUGAAGCUGUGCUCGGAGCUGGGUCUGGGCGGAGAGUUCGUCACCACCAUCGCCUACAGCAUUCGUGGUCAGCUCAGCUGGCACCAGAGGACCUACGCCUUCAGUGAGAACCCGCUGCCCACAGUGGAGAUCGCCAUCCGCAACACAGGCGACGCAGACCAGUGGUGCCCCCUGCUGGAGACCCUCACAGACGCCGAAAUGGAGAAGAAGAUCCGAGACCAGGACAGGAACACAAGGCGUAUGAGGAGACUGGCCAACACCGCUCCGUCCUGGUAGGAAAGACACACACAGAGCAGCAUUCGUUGACAUGUCCUCCGGAGUCUUCUGUUAUCCUCAAUCCGUCACGUACACACACACACAUCCGGAUGUUCCCGUAAGCACGAACGCGGACUUGGUCGGUCUCCAUGGGCAUCUCACCGGGCUGAACACCACACACACACACAUCCAGGCAUUCCUCUGCACACACACACACACACACACACACCACCACCAUCAUGUUUGACUCUGCCUUUAGGACAUCAGUCGUGGGAACAACUCAAAUCUUACCUUAGAUCACUGUUAACGAGUUAAUGGUUUAUUAGUUACUGUUACACACAUGAUAGGCAGGCAGCAUUCACACACAACUUUACACAACAAAACACUUUGCAUUACGGUACAAUGACUGAGUUUAAUGUGUCUGUAUGGAUGGAUAUUGAAAUGAGUUUGUGAUGUUACUCUCAUGUGGACAGCAUCAGUGUAACUGAGCUCUGUCCCUGUUCUGUUAAUGAUCGACUGAACGCGUUCCACGUGAAAAAGUGUGAAACAUUAUCAUGUUCACAUUGCCAACUGUAAACCGAACGCGUUUAGGUCGUUUGAAGACAGUUCAUCGAUUCACGGAAAAACAACUGACAGAUGAAUCGGUAAUUAAACUCAUUUUUUUCGUUGCAGCCCUAAGUGUCCUGAUGACAGGGGCAGUGUGUAUAACAGUGUUUUCACGCCGACUUUGCACAUCAGACCUUCGUUGGUGGAUGGCAGCUCGUCAGUAGUACAUAAUGACCCUGUGAAUAAGGGGUUGAACAUUUCAGACUUCGGUGACUGAUGAUGGGAGGAAAAAAAAACAAAAACUGUUACACUGUCAGAAUCAUUUGAAAGAUGCAGUAAUCACGUAAGACAGAAGAAGAGAAAACAGUCUUGCUCUGAGGGCCUGAGGAUGGUCCAGGUCCGAAAUGUGUUUGAGAGUCUCGGGUUCUGAUUUUCAGCAUGUAGAACCGUGUCCUCAUCUCGAUUAGUGAUUGUGAUCCGUGCUUCUCAAACCUUUUUCCGCCGCAAGAGCCACCAAGCUCCAGUGUUCAUCUGCAUGCUAUAACACAUACGUAGUUCCUACCAUACCCCGCGCAUGUGGGACUGAUUGUUCCCGGUGUUACUUCUGUUUGCACUGUGCCUCUCAUUGCAUCGGUGUCAGCAGACUGGAGCCUCUGUUAAAGUGGAGAGGAAGGGGAUAAAAAAAAAAACAAAAAAAACAAGCUGACAAGAACCAAUGGU